AUGGGUUCUUCUAGUGAAACCGGAGGGGCAUGGAGCAUCAUGGAAGAUGGUAAUUGGUUCAACCCAUACGGAAUGGCAUUAUCUAGUAGGUGGAAAAUUCUUAAUAAAGAGCUGGCGAAAUGGAGAGAUGCCUUGGCAAAAGCGAUGGACAACCAUAGAAGAGGGGAAAACCUUACCAGUGAGAUUAUGCAAGCAAAAAUGUUUUUUGGUGCUACUGGGCAAGGCAAAAAAAGUUUCAACCAUACCCUAUGUUGGGAGGUGGUGAAGAAUUGUGAGAGAUUCCAAAUUAUUCCAACGAGUCCGACGGUAGUGUUGAACGAGACGCCACUCUAUGAGACACCGGCAUUGGAUUCACCUAUGGAUUCCCCGAUGAGUCAAGACUUACCCAUCGAAAAAGAGCCAAGGCCUAUCGGGAGGAAGGCGGGGAAGGCGAAGAGAGGGAGUAAUUCUACCAAGAAUGCAUCUAAAUUUUUGGAGGACAUUUCAAAGAUGCAAGCCAUGAGAAUUGAAAUGGACAUGAAACAACAAGAGUACGAUAGGGCAAUGGAACUAGAAUAUGCAAAAGAAAGGGAGUAUGUACGCCAACAAAGGGAGUAUGUACGCCAAGAAAAGAUUGAAAAAAAGGACAGGGAAACCAUGGCCAUGGAUACAACCCAUAUGUCCCCUGAAACAAAACAAUAUUGGAAGCUAGAACGAAGGGAUGUUAUGAGACGAAGACUUUUUCGUGACGAUGGACCUAGCAACACGGAUUGGUUAAAUGAUCAAAACCAUUAA